AUGAUCCCAAAACUCCUCCGACGCGAUCUUUGCAUCGCUCGACACCUUUCCUGGAGUCACCGACCGUCCCAAGCCUUCUCCACAGCUUCUGUUCGCCACGGCCUGCAACGCAGUCUCCCGGCCGCCUACUACCGUGGAGGGACAUCGCGCGCCGUCUUUUUCAAGAAGAAUGAUCUUCCUCCCCACCGCUCCGACUGGGAUGAGAUCUUUCGACGCGUUCUUGGCAGCCCCGACCCGAAUGGGCGCCAGCUCGACGGUCUCGGGGGUGGCAUCUCGAGUCUGUCCAAAGUGUGCGUGGUGGAUAAGUCCGAUCGGCUAGAUGCAGACGUUGACUACACCUUUGUCUCGCUGGGUGUUAAAACCAGCCAAGUCGACUAUUCCAGCAAUUGUGGCAACAUGAUAAGUGCGGUAGGUCCCUUUGCUGUGGAUUCACAGUUGGUCACUGUGAAUUCUGAAGGUCGCAGUGACGCCGAACUACGCAUCCUUAACACCAAUACCGGUAAAAUCAUCCGGUCACGCUUCCCCGUGGUAGACGGCGAGGCAGAUUCCUCAGGAUCUUUCGCCAUUGACGGGGUGGCUGGCACCGGAGCGAAGAUCCAACUCGACUUUUUAGACCCAGCGGGAUCCCGGACAGGCCAGAUGCUCCCAACAGGCGAGGUGGUUAAUACUUUCGAUGGUAUCCGUACCACCUGCAUCGAUGUGGGCAACCCAUGCUGCUUUGUUUUAGCAUCCGAACUAGGAUUCCCGGGAACUAUUACUCCGGACGAGAUCGAGGCUCAUCCCGCCCUUCUGGGCCGCUUGGACUACAUCCGCCGACAGGCAGGCGUGGUAAUGGGGCUCGCAGAGAAACCAGAGCUUGUUCCUGGCAGUGUCCCCAAGAUAGGCAUGGUGUCCGCCCCAGAUAGCACGGUUGUGGUGGAUGUCGUGGUGCGUGCCCUCUCGGUGGGCCAGCCACAUAGAGCAGUACCUAUCACAGUGGCUCUUGCUUUGGCCGCGGCCGCCAAACUGCCCACUAGUGUAGUAGCCGAGGUUACCAGUCCCCAGCCAAUGCAUCCAGCAGGGAUUACUUUGGGCCAUGCCAGUGGGAGCUUGAUAGUGAGAGCGGAGUUCAAGGAUGAUGGUAGCCUGAGCCAUGCCACCGUCUUUCGAACGGCACGACGCUUGAUGGAGGGAAGAGUGUUUUGGAAAGGUUGA